AUGGCCCCCCUCAUCACCGUCGUCGGUGCCACUGGCACCGGCAAGUCUAAGCUUGCUGUAGAUCUAGCGACCCGUUUCAACGGUGAAAUCAUCAAUGGCGACGCAAUGCAGAUGUAUCGUGGUCUGCCGAUCAUCACGAACCAGAUUCCUGUCGAAGAGAGAAACGGCAUUCCACACCACCUGAUCAGCUGUAUAGGGCUGGAGGAGGAACCUUGGCGGGUUGGCACAUUUAGGAAGGAGAGCCUUCGACUUAUCAAGGAGAUACAGUCGAGAGGCAAGCUUCCCAUUCUCGUCGGCGGGACACAUUACUACACCCAGUCGGUGCUCUUCAAUGAUGCGCUCGUUGGGAACGGAUCAGGCGAUGAGGAUUUUGUUUCCGAAAAGGAAUACACCUCGGCCUCCCAGGCAUGGCCGAUCCUUGAUGCUCCUGCGGAGGUAAUGCUGGAGAAACUGAGGGAGGUAGAUCCCGUCAUGGCAGAGCGAUGGCAUCCGAACGAAACACGCAAAAUCCGUCGGUCACUCGAGAUAUAUUUUCAAACAGGCAAGCCAGCCUCGGAGAUUUACGCGGAGCAGAAGCGUCAAAGACAAGCCUCGUUGCUUGCUGGGAAUGAAAUUGCAGGGAUUGGUGGGGAAGACAGGCUCGACGCUCAGCUCAGCGCCGCCGGACAGAUGCGAUACGACACUCUGAUAUUCUGGGUUCAUUCAGAUAGGGAGAAACUGCGGCCUCGACUGGAUGCGAGAGUUGAUUCGAUGAUCGAAAACGGGUUGAUGUCGGAAGCUCAGACCAUGUCCGAUUAUCUUCAAGAGAAGGCAUCGCAAGGCAUUGCUGUCGACAAAACACGAGGAGUAUGGGUCUCAAUUGGUUUUAAGGAACUGCAGCCUUACUUCGAUGCUCUGCUUGAGGGAACUAUGAGUGAGCAGGAGCUUGAUUCCCUCAAAAGAACUUGCAUUGAUUCUGUCAAAUCGAGCACACGCCAGUAUGCCGUCUCCCAGAUCAAGUGGAUCCGAAACAAAUUAUGGAACGCCCUCGCGGAAGCAGGAAUGUCACAUAGGCUCUAUGUACUCGACGCUAGCGACGUGGAUAACUGGAGGAAAUGCGUCACUGAGCCCUCGGAAAAAGUCACAAUGUCAUUCCUUGGUCAUGAACGCUGUCCCGAUCCCAAGUCGCUCUCAGAAUUGGCGAGAGCCACACUGAGCGCGAAAGAGCAAGCAUCAACGCCGGUUGAAGUCACAAUGAAAUGCAUGACGUGCGAGGUGUGCCAGAAGACGAUGAUAAACGAAGAGCAAUGGAAUGUACAUAUCCAGGGACAUGCUCAUAGGAGAGCUCUCAAAUACGCUGCCAGGAGAGCUCAGAAGGAAGAGUAUUUCAAACAGCGAGAAUUGAUCAAGGAAAAUGGAGUCAAGGCAGAAGAGUAA